AUGAAAAUGAUUACUGUUUAUCGUCUAACACUUGAUAGAUGGGAACGCGUCGACUCAAGUCAAGCUGGUGUUUACUAUCAAAAUUUACUUAUCCCACACUGUCAACGUCAUCAUCCCAACCUUUGGAUUAAUGCUCCUUUAAAGGAUCCUGAAAUAGAACGUAAAAGUUUUUUUACUGAUCUACGUAAACUACAAUUAUCUCUACGACAUAAUUUACUCGCUUGUCAUGAUGAGAUAGGAGAAUAUAAAAAUGCCAGUUUAGAACAAGAACAAUACUUUAUAAGCCGAUUUCGAUAUUUGAAAUUGGAGUCCUUAAUGGAGAUGAUCUAUGGUUUGGAUCAAUUAUUCUACCACGAUCUCCAUGCUUUAGUGGUAUCCUUUGAACAAGAAAGAAUGUCAAUAGUCUCUCAUAUGUUCGCGAUUCGGCAACCAGAAAAAGUCUUCCCUCAGUUUAUAGAUUCGUGA